AUGGAUCAAGUUCUCUCUUCAUCCCAAAGUUUUGUCCGAGCUCUCAAAGCCAGCUCAGAUCCACCUAAUACCGGGGGUCCUUCAAAAAUUGAAAUUGCCCGAGCAGCAUGGGACCUGCAAUCUUUUCACGCGCCUAGGAAAGCUGAAGUCAUUGUUGAUCUUAUCCUCAACCGUUUCGUGAAGAGCCCUGAAUUUCAGUCAGUCACGGAUCUAGCGAGCUGGCAACUUCUUUUAGACGUCAUAACACCUUCCCGUUCAACAAAAACCCAUUCGUGGUUGGCGCCGCUGGUUUCUCGUGUACCAUUUACUCGGGUCGUUAUCCAAUUCUUUGAAUCAGUCAAAAAUGCUACUUUCAGUGAUAAAUGUCGGGAUACGCGUAUCGCUCACGAUUGCAUCACGAUUUUGUGGCCAUAUUGCAUCUCCAAAGCCAAUAUUGACUUGUUGCUGGAAUGUUUUGGGGCCUGUUUGCGUUUGUGCGCGAAGCGUCAACCAUUGGACGAGUAUGUUGGUUAUCUCGUCAAGAUUGUCGCGGGCUCUUUCCAUCGGUACUUGUCUACUUCAACAGUGAAGAAAAAGAUGUUUUCAUCAUUCAUCCAACUCCAUAUAAAAGACUGGCUAUCGAGUCUGGAUAACCUUUCAUCGUCUCCAAACCAUUCAACCCUCUUUGAAUGUCUUUACACCUCUGGUAUUGAUUGUUUGUUCAACCUCGAUGUCCUGCGAGAUAAUAAAACCGAGGACAUGUUAUUCACUGCUUUCCAUGACAUCGUCCCGGAAAUAAUCAUGCCCAGUCUACCCAGAAUCUUCUCGUCUUACAUCCAAGCUCUGAGAAGAAAUCGCAAUGCUAUUUUCGGGCAGGGGUCAAGCCAAAAAGUUGAUGGUUUGGUAGAAUUUCGUGAAACUGGUUUGCACUUCUUCAUCUUAUCCCAGCAAAUCUUCAACAAAGCAACGGACAAGGACCAGAGUUGGACGGCCAAGACCCUUCUUUUGGAUGUGAUAAAUCAAGAGAUGCUAUUUACCGGACGGCAUCUCGAUACGGAAAAGCUCUUUCAUGGCAUGGUCAACUCAAUUUUCGUGGAGUUGGCAGCGGACAGCCAAGAUUCAAUUGAGCCGGUGGUACGUUGCUUGACCUCAUUAACCCGAAUUGAUUACCGGUUGGUUGAGAGCGUACUCCCCGACAUUCUCUCCCAACUUCUGAUGGUUCCAGGUACUGUUGAGCCCGCUUUGGAGUUGCUGGAUAUCAUUCUACAAUAUCACGUCAAAACACGCAGUGUUCCCCUUUAUAUCGAUGCCUUGAUGACUGUCAGUUUCCGAGAAACUGUAUGCGGUCAUGAUUGCCAAAAGGUCUAUGAACGAAUAUGCCACAGCGCUGGUCUCCAUCCAAGCCAUUUGGAUCGUCUGGGAAAAUGCGUCUACGAAUUCUUGCCCUUGAAUCAAACAAUUGCUGCUGCACGCAACGUAAUCAAGCGUAUGGAAACCCUCUGGGAAGAGUAUCAUUCUUGGUCGCGAUCUCUGGACGAGGACAACCCUCGUAAAAGGAGAAAGGUCGACAGCGGUGGCAGUGUGAAUGGCGUGGCAAAUGGAAUAACUCUCAGGUUCUCGACUGCUGCUACCUUUGCUUCUGUGGUGCUUCCUUCAUUUUCGGCCGAUUCGGUCCCCAAAGAAUCUCAACAGGAGCUAGAAACACUGCUGAAUGAUUUUUCUUCUAAAGUGGUUUUGCAUUCGUUAUCUAAAUUGUUCAAAGGCAUGAGUAAGAAGGCUGAGAAGUCUCUUUGGAGUGACGAGGUCAUUAUUUCGGCUGACCUCCGCCUUCGAUACGCUCUUGACCUUCAACGUUCGCCCACCAUCUCAGUCGAUGCUAAAUGCUCUUCGAAAUUGACUCAACGGAUGUUGGAGAGUAUCGAUGUCAUUUCGCUGCCUGAGUUGCGGGUCGAACUUUUUCGCACCUUUUUCAUAAGCACGUCUACCGGUCAACAACUGGUUACAUUGGAUACGUUGUUGAGGAUAUUAGAGACUAUUAAACCUCCGGCGUUUAAUAUCCUUCACAUGGUGAUCCAAAGAUGGCUUCCGCUCAUCGACUUACAAGCGUCGGCAGCACAGCUGGAACGUUUUGUUCACAUCCUUGUAUCUCAAGAGACUUGUAGUAGAGAAGGUUAUACAGGACUUCUACUGGAUCAAGCAUUAUCUUCUGCUGAGUUUUGGGAGUUAUCCAAUAUCCGGAGUGUGCUUCUUACCUUCAUUGACAAAUCUAUCUCCGAAAUAUCCAAUUGGGCGACUGCUACUCUUCAACAACAGCAACUUGUGUGCUCAGUCUUCAACAUAUUAAUGUCCGUUCCAACUGAAUAUUUGCCUCGAACACUGAGGCUUUCCUUGGUGAAGCGAACGGUCUUGAUUGAACAAACAAUGGAUUCUAUAAGCAAUGCUCAUCUUUUGCACACCUUGAGAGUCUGUGUUUCUCGUAUCAUAUCAUCUACCGACCUCUCCGACAACCUGAUGGGUGGCCUUGCUGCAUACCUACAGCAUCUACACACUGACGAGGCUUCUGGUCAAGAAACAACGGAGUUGGUUAGACUCCUGUUGAAAAACCUGCUUAAAAAUAACAACUCUGAUGAGAUUGGACAAUUAAUCCAGUAUUAUUCAGAUGGCCUUCAGCAAAGUUCCUUCUCGUGGAUGAAUCCUUGGGCUCGAACAUUCAAUAUUCUCGUCGAAUUGUUACUCAAGGAGCACCCAAUGAAAAGUUUUUCGAUCAUGGCGCAGGAUACCUUCAAGGGAUUCUACAAGACUCUACAUACAUGUCUAUUUUCAACUUUGGUGGAAUUGUCAAAGACUCCAAGCGCGCCGAAGGUUACACAGUCUAGGGGCCUAUUGCAAUGUUGGCAGCAGACUUGCCGCUUAUUCCCCAAAGACGUCCCAGUCCUCGAUGACCAGACAGUGCGAAUGUUUACAUUUGCCACGACGCCUGAGGAUGAAGAAACCAGAUUUGUUGUAUUCGGAGUGCUAUUGGAGGAAUUCAAUUUCUGUGCAGCAAGUGGUCGACUGCAGCGAUUCGAGACUGUAAUUGCUGCCUACGUCUUACUAACCAAUGGCAAGUACAUCGUUAGUCAAGGCGUUGACAGUUUCAUGUCCGCACUAUGUCCCACUCUUUCUCCGGAGAUAUUUGAACAUGGAUUGAAAUUUAUCGUGACUUCGCUGGAACAUGCAAAUGCGGACGAAUGCAGUGCUCUCGUAAAUCUUCUAUCGAUUCUUCUCCAAGAUUCCCCUCGAAACACGUUUCACAUUGUGCAGCACUUCGUGACUCAAAGCAUCAGCAUCUUCAAUGAUCGUGAAGUAUUCACGAAAGUAGUUCACCUGCCUGCGCUACGGCUUUUUUUACAAAGAUGUCGCGACCGGCCUGCAACACUGCGCCAAGUUGAUGUCAGUGGUGUCUGGUUGUUCAUCGCAAAGAUAUGUGCGGGCGCUGAAUCUCAUAACCCGACAACGUCUGUUGAGACUUUCCAUUGUAUCGUCUCUAUCACCACCGCCCUCGUUCGUUUACGUCGAGACUUGGUUCUGUUAACUAUUCCCCACCUAGGAAUAGUGCUACGACGUCUUAUCCAGUCGAUGCAAAGCCCUCGACCUAGUCUGGGACCAAAACAGAGUGCCUUGGUUUCUCGCAGUCUCCCGUUCUGGAUAAAUAUUCGAGAUCCAUUGGGUGUCGAGGAAAGCAACGCCCUCUCUCGUUUGCUUGAAUCUCUGAAUACGAAGAAUGUGGUCAGAAAGCUCACUACGUCAACCACCACUCCAUCAAAAGCGGAGUCUUUGGCCAAACCCUUCUCUAAACAUGCAGCAUAUGUUAUCAAGGCUUAUGUGGAAUCGCUGAACAACCCAUUGUGUGAACUCUCAACGGCGGUUCGAAAAGAGUUACAACCGGGACUGUAUGCCCUGUGCGGGAUGAUGAACGAUUUCAGCCGAGACACUCUGAUGGCCUCUGCUACAGAUGCGGGCGAGAAAGCGAUCGUGAAAGCACUUUGGAGGGAGUAUGAAAAACAACGUUAUGUCGGGAAAGGUUGA